AGUCAGGUGGGCGGCGCCGGAGGCGCUGGAGGCUCUGCAGCAUGUGCCUGUACUGCAGGGGGGACGAAACUACCCAAGUCAACCCCGAAGGAUCAAGAUUGCAUCAUCCUUCAGAUGUCACUAGAACACAGUCCACAGCUAAACGUAUUCAGCGUAUGCAAUUCAUAAUGAAGCAGAAGAGGCACCUAAAUAAACGGUUUGCAAGGCCUUCUCCAAUUCCAGAACCAGGACUCCUAGUAAGUUUAGAGAGUCUGAAAUUUAACAGAUACUUAAAUGCAAAGACAUGA